AUCAUAUAAACACAUUAAAUAAACUAAAAAACUUUAAGGUUGAAAUUCUUGUGUUUAGCAAUUUUUAUAAAUUAAACUUCAAUAAAUAUCUGUGCAAUGUCUAAGUAUAAAGUGUAACACUCAUUUGGUUAUAAUUGAAUUUCUGUAAAAGAACGUUACGGUUCUUGAUUUAAUAAAUAUGGAUGUUGACGAUAACUUUCCUGCUGCAUUAAGAAUUGUGACAGAAAUUCAAAAUAUUGUUAAUAAAGAUGUAAAAUUAAAAGAAUUUGAUCUAGUCAUACAACCAGAAAGUCAAAAUAAGUCUCCUGUCUUACACGUUGAACAUUGUUUGGGUCUUGAAACAUGGUGUGUACGUCAUGUAUACCAAUAUGUUUAUCAAAGACUCAUUUUGCAUAGGAAACGGUUAAAAAGAAUUGAACCAAAUGAUGUCGUUCCAUUACUUACCUGUGCAUUAUUAAUAAACCCUGAAGUUUUUACAUUCUGGAAUAUGAGAAAAGAGCUUGUUCUAAGUGGAUUUUUAGAACUAUAUGCAGAAUUACAUUUUUCUAGUCUUUCUUUAUCAUUUAAACCAAAAUGUGCAGAAAUUUUUAUUUAUAGAAGAUGGAUUUUGAAAAACAUUCAAUCAAAUGAUUCUAUAACAAAUGACAUAGUAUUGAAUGAAUUAUCAGUUACUAUGUCAGCUGCUGCUGCAUAUGCUAGUAACUAUAGUGCAUGGAAUCAUAGUUUUUGGAUUGUUGAAAAGUCACUCAACCUUAAAAACUUUCAAAUAAUGGUCCACCAAUGGGAUUUCACAAAAAAAUGGUGCCGUGAACAUGUAUCUGAUCAUAGUUGUAUGCAGUAUAGACAACGACUUCUUAAAUGUUUUAUUUCUGAUAAAAGUUGUUUGAGACAUUUAAAGUCUUAUUUUUCAAAAUCACUUGUUAGGUUUUUUAACCCUGAAGAAAAGCAUAAAAUUAUGAAGCCAUCAGAUGAAUGUAUUAAUGAAGCACUAGGAGUAAUAAUAGAUGAACUCUAUUUCAAUGAAGAUUUGAUAGUUAUGUAUCAUAGUCAUGAAGCUCUUUGGAAUCAUCGAAGAUUUUUAUGUCAUUUAUUAGCAAAUACAUAUUGUACUGAUUCUGUAAAAGAAGUUUUAAUGAAUAAUGAAAGAAGAAUAUGUACAUCUAUUAUAAAAGGUAAUGAAACAUUUAUAAAGAAACAUGCAAUUUGGCUUCAAAGAACAUUAAGUAUUCCUAUAAAAUUAUUGUAGUACCAUUUUUAAGAUUGUUACCAUUAAUUUGUUAUGCAUUUAGUUUAAAUACAUUACAUUAUCAAAAUUGAA